GUGUUCCACGAAGCGGUAGGGUCUUUCCGCCUCGCCUUUUCCUCGCUGACCUUGGUGCCCGCUCCCGUCCGAGUGCCAGCUGGCGGGGCGAGCGCUGGAAGCCCUUCUGCGCCCGUUGCGGGGAUCCCGGAGCGGGGCGCGGGGCGCGAGGCGUGGGGCCGCUCCCGCGCCGGCACAUGGCUGCAGCCGCUCCGCGCGCACCCCGAGGCGCCGCGCCCAGCUCGCCCGAGGUCCGUCGGCGGAGCCCGCCCGCCCCGAAGCCAAGCAGCGGCUGAGCGGGGAGGAACCCGCGCCCGGGGAUCGGGAUGAGCCUCCUCGUCCUGCUCGGGCUAGUUUCCUACUAUGUUGGAACCUUGGGGACUCACACUGAGAUCAAGAGAGUGGCAGAGGAAAAGGUCACUUUGCCCUGUCACCAUCAACUGGGGCUCCCAGAAAAAGACACCCUGGAUAUCGAAUGGCUGCUCACCGAUCAUGAAGGGAAUCAAAAAGUGGUGAUCACUUACUCCAGUCGUCAUGUUUACAAUAACUUGACUGAGGAACAGAAGGGCCGAGUGGCCUUCGCUUCCAAUUUCCUGGCAGGAGAUGCUUCCCUGCAGAUUGAGCCUCUGAAGCCCAGCGAUGCGGGCCGGUACACCUGCAAGGUGAAGAAUUCAGGGCGCUAUGUGUGGAGCCACGUCAUCUUAAAAGUCUUAGUGAGACCAUCAAAGCCCAAGUGUGAAUUGGAAGGAGAGCUGACAGAAGGAAGUGACCUGACUCUACAGUGUGAGUCAUCCUCUGGCACAAAGCCCAUUGUGUAUUACUGGCAGCGAAUCCCGGAGAAGGAGGGAGAGGAUGAACGUUUGCCUCCCAAAUCUAGGAUUGACUACAGCCACCCUGGGCGCGUCCUGCUGCAGAAUCUCACCAUGUCCUCCUCUGGGCUGUACCAGUGCACAGCGGGCAAUGAGGCCGGGAAGGAGAGCUGUGCGGUGCGGGUGACUGUUCAGUAUGUACAAAGCAUCGGCAUGAUUGCAGGAGCGGUGACAGGUAUGGUGGCUGGAGCCCUGCUGAUUUUCCUCUUGGUGUGGCUGCUAAUCCGACGGAAAGACAAAGAGAGAUAUGAGGAGGAAGAGAGACCGAAUGAAAUUCGAGAAGAUGCGGAAGCCCCGAAAGCCCGCCUUGUGAAACCCAGCUCCUCCUCCUCGGGCUCUCGGAGCUCACGCUCGGGCUCCUCCUCCACGCGCUCCACGGCAAACAGCGGCUCCCGCAGCCAGCGGACACCGUCCACGGAAGCGGGGCCCCGGCCAGGGCUGGCUGCCCACACCUACGGUCCCGUGGCGCCGGAGGCAAGAGGGUCUGAACCAAAGAAAGUCCACCACGCUACCCUGACCAAAGCAGGAAGCACUCCUGGCACGAUCCCCAGCCAGAGCAGAGCCUUCCAAACUGUCUGAGUUCGCGCGGACUUGACUCCCAUCCUUUCCCAGGAGUCAGGACUCUUCUCGUCAUGGACGCCCAGUCACCAGCCACACAACCGCCUCGGACCAAACGAGAGCUCAUUUAAGUAGCAGUGACCAUUGCAUGGGAGAGAUUCAAAUGAACGCUUUCCUCAUUUGACACCAAACAAGGAAAAGGAUGUAAGCUGAUCGUCUCCAAAAAGGCAUCUCACUGUGCCUUUAGACCAGAGCGGGGGCCAAAUCCGUGCUUUUGGGGACUAGGACCUGUGGUGAGAAAGGCUGGGGAGAGGGGAAGUGAACACACUUAGAAUUCCUCACUUGGGCUGUUUUGUGUCAACACUUUGACUCACCACUGUUAAGAAAUGAGGUGUUGUUCAAAAAUUUUCUAUGCAUUUCUGCAAACCUACUGGAUUGCUAUUAUUCAGAGUCAAGCAGAACCCACAGCCUUAUAUCACACCUAUCUGCACCAUGAAAAACUCCAAAAAAGGAAACAUGUCUCUUCCAUCCUGACCUGACUUCAUUUACCAGAAAGUUUGGAUAUUAAUUUCAAGAGGAGUUGAGAAAUAGUGGGAGAUGGAAAAUGAUUGAGAUUUUUCCUACUCUGUUCACUACUAAUCUUCCUACUUAUAUUGAACUAAAAAAAAGGGAGU